GCUAUCUUGACGGACGUAUCUUCGCACCUAGUCCGGCGGUGUGAUCUUGUUCACAUCAAACUCUGUUCUUGUAGCGUCGCCACGUUUGCCAUAAGCAUCUUAAAAGGAGGAAUGGGGAAAAUAUGGAAGCUUCUUGCAGUGACUAUAGACAAAACUGAUUGAUCCAACAGUAAACAGUUUACAUCCGACUCGAUCCCUCUCAAGAUGUUGAAGAUGUUCCACCUGCAGUAGAAUUAACACAAAUUUGAUGCAUGCUUGUGACCUGUCAGUGAGCAUCGUACUGCUGCUCUACGUAACCCUACCUUGCGGUGGCUGGGACUUCCCACCACAUGGCAGGAAAAUACGAAUUCCGCUACGUGUUUCAAACCGCUCUUCAGUGUUCUAUCAGAGAGCCAAAUUACCGCUGCGGGAGGAGUCCAGUAUGAUAAUUACACCAAAAUUGAAGAAAGAGGAUGAUAGCUUUAAUAUCGGCUUACCUCAUCAUCGGCGACAGGAAUCUUCUGGAUCGAGACAGGACAAAUUACCAAUUAAAGGAAGCAAAACUGCAUUCACUGUAACAAGAAAGAGCUACCUGCGUAAAGAAUGGUGUAAGACUGAACUAUUGAAACAGGUGAUACGAGAGGAAGGCUGCUUGCGACAAACUGUUUUGAAUCGCUUUUGCUACGGGCAAUGUAAUUCGUUCUUUAUACCACGUAGUGGUAAACAUGAUGGUGGGGGAGCAGCAUUCAUGGCGUGCGGCUACUGUAAGCCGAGGCGUUACACUUGGAUUAGGGUGACACUACGAUGUCAAGGCGCAAAACAUAUGCGGUUCAAACGCAGGAAAGUACAAAGGAUUAAACAAUGCAAAUGCAUGGCACAGAAAGUAGAUGGACUUUCAUAGAAUUCAGCCACAGUACUACAGGGA